AUGGCGGAAGGACGCAGAGAGCAGCCGCCUCAUCCCCUCCUGUCCUCACCACCGGCCAGCAAGCGACCGUGCCUUCGCCCGGCACCUCGAGGUCCCGGUCCAGGGCCCAGCCACGGCAGCGGGUUGCCCGGCUCUCGGUACCGUUCCCCGGAGUCUCUUUUGGACUGCGCGGCUAAGGCAGUGGCGGAAAAGUGGGCCUUUGAAAGAGUCGAGGAGCGCUUCGAGCGGAUUCCGGAGCCCGUCCAGCGCCGUAUCGUGUACUGGUCGUUCCCCCGCAACGAAAAGGAGAUAUGCAUGUACUCUUCCUUUCAGUGCCGGAUCAGCGGAGAGGAGGGUCCGUCCGCGGCUGCCAGUGGGACUGGGGGCACGGUGUCCGGAUCUAACACCGCUAGUGGCGGCGGAGGAUCUACUUCUGGUACCUCGGCGACGGUGGGGGCAGCCGGAGCCAUGGGAACGGGAGACGGACUGCCUUUCCGCCGGGGAAUCAAACUACUAGAAACCGGCUGUGUGGAAAACGUUUUACAAGUCGGAUUCCACCUGAGCGGCACAGUAACUGAACCAGCCACGUCAUCCGAACCUGAGAUAACCCACAAGGUGGCCAUCAGCUUCGACCGCUGCAAGAUCACUUCUGUCACAUGUGGCUGUGGAAACCGAGACAUUUUCUACUGUGCGCAUGUGGUGGCCCUCUCCCUUUACAGAAUUCGCAAGCCUGAGCAGGUGAAACUAAGGCUGCCCAUCUCAGAAACAUUGUUCCAGAUGAACCGAGAUCAGCUGCAGAAGCUUGUCCAGUAUCUGAUCACAGCCCACCACACUGAGGUGCUGCCCACAGCUCAGAAACUGGCUGACGAGAUCCUCUCUUCCAACUCUGAGAUUAAUCAGGUUCAUGGUGCUCCAGACCCGACUGCAGGAGCCAGCAUUGAUGAUGACAACUGCUGGCAUCUGGACGAGGAUCAAGUCAGAGAGCAGGUCAAACAGUUCCUGUCCCAGGGAGGAUACUACGGCUCCGGGAAGCAGCUCAGCUCCAUGUUCGCUAAGGUGCGGGAAAUGCUUCGAAUGCGAGAUUCUAACGGCGCCCGGAUGCUAACGCUGAUAACAGAGCAAUUCAUGGCAGACCCCCGACUGUCACUAUGGAGACAACAAGGCACCGGUAUGACUGACAAGUGCCGGCAGCUCUGGGAUGAGCUAGGUGCUUUAUGGGUGUGCGUAGUGCUUAAUCCCCACGGUAAGAGCGAGGAGAAGAGCAGCUGGCUGAAGCAGCUGAAGAAAUGGGGCGACAUGGAUGUGUGCCCGCUGGAGGAUGGCAACUAUGGCAGCGAACUUCCAAACAUCACUAACGCUCUGCCGCAGAGUAACCUCGCACAAGACUCCCUGUCCAGGCCGAGGAGGACGGUGUUCAGUCGAGCCAUCGAGGCCUGCGACCUCCACUGGCAGGACAGCCACCUGCAGAGGAUCAUCAGCAGCGACUUCUACAUGUCUCCAUCAUAUCAACGAGAGGGGGAGAGCCUGCUGUUCAACCCUCAGGGGCUGCCGCUGUGGCUCGACCAUGUCCCAACAGCAUGUGCUCGGGUGGAUGCCCUGCGUUCCCAUGGUUACACCAGAGAAGCCCUGCGGUUGGCUGUCGCGAUCAUCAACACGCUCCGCCUCCAACAGCAGAGACAGAUGGACAUCUACAAGCACCAAAAGAAAGAGCUUCUCCAGAGAGGCGUCACCUCCACCACCAACCUGGAGGGCUGGGUGGGUCAUCCCUUAGACCCAAUUGGUUGUCUGUUCAUCACACUCACAGAAACGUGCCGCGUGGAUGACGACGGCACCAUGGACACUGGAGACGGUGACCCCAGACCCCCCGUCUACCAUCAUGUGCCAGUGUGGGGCAGUCCAGAUGGGGGUGAGUCCUACCUGACUCUGGCCCUGGAAGUGGCUCUGAUGGGUAUGGGCCAGCAGAGAAUAAUGCCAGAGGGAUUGUACGCCCAGGAUAAGGUGUGUCGCAAUGAAGAACAGAUCGUCUCAAAACUGCAAGAACUGGAGCUGGAUGACCUCCUGGUUCAGACGCUUCGGAAGCAGGCCAUACAGCUACUGGAGGCCGGUCCAUUCAGUGGUCUCGGGGAAGUCAUUCACAGAGAAAGUGUCCCCAUGCACACCUUUGCCAAAUACCUUUUUUCUGCUCUGCUGCCACAUGAUGCGGACCUGGCUUAUAAAGUGGCUUUGCGUGCAAUGAGGCUGCCAGUGCUGGAGUCGUCAGCAGGUUCUGGGGACGUCGGGCACCCUCAUCACGGCAUCUCUAUUGUUCCAAGCAGAUACCCGCGCUGGUUCACUCUCGGCCACCUGGAAUCCCAGCAAUGUGAGCUGGCCUCAACCAUGCUCACUGCGGCUAAAGGGGACAUGUUGAGAUUGCGAACGGUGCUAGAGGCCAUCCAGAAAAACAUCCACUCUUCUUCCCUAAUCUUCAAACUGGCCCAGGAUGCCUUCAAGAUAGCCACCCCUGCAGACUGCCCUCCUGAUAUAACCCUGCUCAACGUGGCUCUGGAGUUAGGACUGCAGGUGAUGAGGAUGACACUGUCCACUCUGAACUGGAGGAGGAGAGAGAUGGUUCGCUGGCUGGUUACCUGCGCCACUGAAGUUGGUCUGCGAGCAUUAGUGAGCAUCUUGCAGAGCUGGUACACUCUCUUCACACCGACUGAGGCCACCAGCAUUGUUGCAGCCACCGUCAUGUCUCAUAACACCAUCCUGCGCCUCAGCCUCGACUACCCCCAGCGGGAGGAGCUGGCCAGCUGCGCGAGGACUUUGGCUCUGCAGUGCGCCAUGAAGGACCCACAGAACUGUGCCCUGUCGGCCCUGACACUCUGUGAGAAGGACCACAUCGCCUUUGAGACGGCCUACCAGAUUGUGAUAGACGCAGCGUCGACGGGUAUGACCUAUUCACAGCUGUUCACUAUCGCGCGGUACAUGGAGCACAGAGGAUACCCCCUGCGGUCGUUCAAGUUGGCUUCCCUCGCCAUGACACACCUUAACCUGGCCUACAACCAGGACACACACCCUGCUAUUAAUGACGUGCUCUGGGCCUGCGCGCUCAGCCACUCGUUGGGGAAGAACGAGCUUGCAGCCAUUAUUCCCUUGGUGGUGAAGAGCGUUCACUGCGCCACGGUGCUGUCCGACAUCCUGCGGCGGUGCACCAUGACGGCACCGGGUCUUGCAGGCAUUCCUGGGCGAAGGAACUCUGGGAAGCUCAUGUCAACGGACAAAGCGCCGUUGCGGCAGCUCUUGGAUGCCACGAUCUCGGCGUACAUCAACACCACACACUCUCGGCUGACGCACAUCAGUCCGCGGCACUAUGGAGAGUUCAUAGAGUUCCUGAGCAAAGCACGGGAGACUUUCCUUUUGGCACAGGACGGCCACAUUCAGUUCGCCCAGUUUAUAGACAACCUGAAACAGAUCUAUAAGGGUAAGAAAAAACUGAUGAUGUUGGUCAGGGAGCGUUUCGGCUGACCUUCUGCCUCACAGAGACCUUUUUUUUUUUUGGGAAGUAGUUCAAAUUAUUUGAUCUAUUUAAGGCUCUUUGGAUUCUUUGAAUUUUUACUUCUUUUGUUGGGCCAUUCGUUGACUAAGUCUUAAGGUUUUAUUCUGUUUUUGUUUCUUGAAUGUGAACCAAGAAGUGUUUGCAGUAAAUUGCUCUACUUAAACUGUAACUGCAAAAUAUAUGACCUAAAGAAGCAACAAGAAGCAAAAGGUAUCUACCCCUCCAAUUAUUGUAAAUUUAGUUGGAAAAAUCAAAAGAAUGUGAUGACAAAAGCGUAAGAAAUGUUUGGUGUUUGGGUGGCGUAUGAAAAUAUUACCAAAAGAUCCUUCUGGAUGGGAUGUGUACUUGGAACUGAAUAAUUUCAGCUGUGGUUAAGAGGAAGAAGUGGCUUUUAAAGUGAGAAGAACUUCUAAAGAAAAAUAU